CCAACUCCCAUCCCGCAUUGGCUAACAGAUUUCCCCAAAUCGAUCCAAGUCAAACAAAGUCAAGUCAAAGUUCCAUCCAUUACCGCUGUACAACCGAAGACAUCCACGACCUCGGUGGUUAUCCUCGGCUGGUCUAGGCCGAACAGCGAGAUUCUUCAACCGCUUCAGCCGUAUAAAGGGAAGGACGUGUAACUACAGGGCCAAUGGAUGAUUUGUAUAUACCGAGGCUAAAAUAAUUGACAUCUCGACCUUGUUGUUCUCUUAUCGCCUUCAUCUUUCUUGUUUCAUACCAUUCAAAGAGCUUGUCAUGCUGGUUGUCGCUUUUGGCUUGUGAUCGUCAGACAUCUAACAUACCCGCCUGACACCUCGAUCUAACCUAGCCACUUCAGCUCCCCUACAUCUCUUUUCCUUCUUUUCUCUGACACAGUCACCGCGCUUCCUCACGCCUCUCCUCAACACCGCAAAUCUCACCAUGUCUUCGUCGUUUACUCGAGUCGUACGCCCUGCGCUUCAGGGUGGUCGAGGUCUUACACAGCGCAUUGCCACACGAGCCACCGCUCCCCGAACAUUGACGAGAAUAAACCUCAACACUGCUCGCCCUCUAUCUACAACAUCCAUCCGCCGCAAUGAGCAAAUCGACAUCUCCGAGAUCCCUCCUACACCCAUCACUCACCUCUCUGAGAUCGAGGCUGCCAUGGCCGACACCGUCUCCAAGUUCUCUACAGAUGUGAUUCUUCCUCGUGCGCGUGACAUGGACGAGGCUGAGGAGAUGGACCCAGCUGUUGUUGAGCAGCUGUUCGAGCAGGGUCUCAUGGGUAUUGAGAUCCCCGAGGAGUACGGAGGUGCCGGCAUGAACUUCACUUCCGCCAUUAUCGCCAUUGAGGAGCUUGCCCGUGCAGACCCCUCCGUUUCCGUUCUGGUUGAUGUGCACAAUACCCUCUGCAACACAGCUAUUAUCAAGUACGCCUCCACUGCUAUUAAGAAGAAGUGGCUCCCUCGCCUUGCGACAAACACCGUUGCCUCUUUCUGUCUCUCCGAGCCUGUCUCUGGUUCUGAUGCUUUUGCCAUGGCCACGAGAGCUACUGAGACCGCCGACGGCUUCAAGAUCUCGGGUAGCAAGAUGUGGAUCACAAACUCCAAGGAGGCCGAGUUCUUCAUUGUCUUCGCCAACCUCGACCCUAGCAAGGGCUACAAGGGAAUCACCGCUUUCAUCGUCGAGAAGGGCACUAAGGGUUUCUCUAUCGCUAAGAAGGAGAAGAAGCUCGGCAUUCGCGCCUCAAGCACAUGCGUCAUCAACUUCGACGACGUUGUGAUUCCCAAGGAGAAUCUCCUCGGUGAGCGUGGCCACGGUUACAAGUACGCCAUUGCCCUUCUCAACGAGGGGCGAAUUGGUAUCGCUGCUCAGAUGACCGGUCUGGCUCUCGGUGCUUUCGAGAACGCUGCUCGCUACGUCUGGAACGACCGCAAGCAGUUCGGCUCUCUCGUUGGUGAGUUCCAGGGUAUGCAGCACCAGCUCGCCCAAGCUUACACCGAGAUCACUGCCGCUCGCGCUCUCGUCUACACUGCUGCUCGCAAGAAGGAGGCUGGUGAGGACUUUGUCAGGGAUGCAGCCAUGGCCAAGCUCUACGCUUCUCAGGUCGCUGGCCGUGUCAGUGGUUCCGCCAUUGAGUGGAUGGGUGGCAUGGGCUUUGUCCGUGAAGGCCUCGCUGAGAAGUAUUUCCGUGACAGCAAGAUCGGUGCCAUUUAUGAGGGUACCAGCAACAUCCAACUCAACACUAUUGCCAAGCUCCUACAGAAGGAGUACACCUCGUAGAACGAUAGAGAAAAUCUAGAAAGAGGCGGAGUUACAAAUGGGAUAAACAAAACAUAAGUCAAAAAAAUAUCUAAAACAUGCCAAUGCCCUC